AUAAACGGACAAUCGACAUUGAAAUACAGAUAUUAAGACCUCCCACGGUUUUCUUAACAAUCGACUUUCAGGGAAUCACCUUCGCAGUGCAAAAAGUCGUCUUUAAAUGUUUAUGAUUUUUAAACUUAGACUAUGUCAGAUCUCGCAACGUUUUAGCCUUGAGGAACGAUGGCUAAGCGGGUGUUUUUUGCGGUGCUGCUUUUGGCUGCAACGCUCCACGCAGACAAAGUUGCAGAAUUCAAACAACUUUUAAACGCAGCCAUUGGAGAAGCUACCGCAAUGAAUAAAAAUGCGUUGGAUUUCAAACAAGGUUUGUCCGCAGAAAGAAACAAAUUUACAAGAACAGACAGAGUGUCAAUGCUGAAACGGCCUAACUCGGAUAAAAACGCACAAGUGAAUGAGUAUAACGCCUUAAAAGCAAAGUACGGGAGUGAGAUAACGAAAAAUAAGCUUGCCAACGAAUUGGAUGAGGUUAUAAAAAAGUCGACAGGUGUAAAAAUUGCUCAAUUUGAUCAGUUACUUCAAGAUUUCAAAAACUUUUUGCAAGGUAAGAAUAAGGGAUUCGAUGAUCAACUGAAAGUGAUUUCUGAUAAUUGGAAGAAAAUACAAAAAAUGGAUGACUGGAUAAGUAACAUGGAAAAGAAAAUGAAGGAAGAGACACUUGGCGAUGACGACAUAGCUAAUUUGCGUGGAGAAUUAAAUUUGAUCAGCCGACAAGUGCAACAGCAACAGUUCAACGAAGAAGAAAAAGUGAGAUCAGACGGAAACUCUGGAAUCAAACAAAUACGUGCAAGACAAGCUGGAUCUAAGAAUUAUCACUCAAACACGCACAGCGGAAGAAGGUUUGCAGCGAUUCACGACCAUGCAAACAAUAUCCGAACGGUUGGUAUGGGAGAAUUUAUCGCUGUCCUUAACGGCGUCGAGUUCCGUACUCGUCAUAACGACUAUCGCCUGAAAAAACCCGUCAGCACAAGUGAAUUUGAUAAAGUUGAAGAUAUCGAGUUUCCUGACGUUCCACCUGAAGUAUUGCAGUAUACCAGCGUCGACGACCAGGUAAAAGAAAUGAGGGAAUGGUUUAAGGCUUUCCACGAGCAGAAUUUUAAAGUCCGUGAUUAUCGAAAAUACUUCAAGCCAGUUCUCUGUUACUUGGAAGGUGCGUGGACGACGAAGGAAGGGGAUAAUAUUGAAGAGCCCUUUAAAAGUGAUCGUCAUCAUAUCGAUGCCAAUGGGUGGUUUGACUUACAGGAAAAGAUACACUUUACAUCGUAUUCUGGAACCAAAAGCACAUUGGAAAACUUGGCGCAUCUUCCCACCUCCAUCAUGGAGUUUACUUCAGAAGGCAAACCUGUGUUUGCACAGUGGAACUACCGAAUUUUGUGCCAUCCCCUUAAAAAAGACUUACCAACGAAUCUUCUCAAACUGGUGCCAGAUGCAUCCAGUCAACGUAUGACAGGAAAAAAUGAAACCGAAUAUUUAAUGUCUCGUGCGGCCAGAUUUGACAUCGAAGGUAUCACAAUUGAUAAAAGGAGAUCUAAUUCACCAAUGAACUACAACCUGCUAGAUUCUUUAAUGGAAGAGAUACCAGGGAAGAACAACUACGGUGCGAAGAUAACAGACUCGGGCUUUGAUGCAGCAAUCUUAUCAGCUCGGCCGAAAAUGAAGGGUAAACCGCUGAAUGGUGCUUAUUAUCAUCGUCCGUAUCAACUGGGUCAAAAAGAUGCUAUGGGAAUCGAUACAGCUGCAAGAGGUUACGCCGAUCGAUUUUAUGUCGCGUUAACCGACCAAAAACGCAUAUCUGGCCCAUCAUAUAAGAAGGUCAUCAAGGCAAAAGAUGGUACCAAAACAACGAAGACGGUUAAAGUUAGAGCAUCGUACGCCAUUCCAGUGGAGAUAAUUUACUUAACACCACUUUCCAAAUGGAACCCAUACAAAAUUCAUCACGAAGAAGACGUAAAUGAAGUCAAAGGGAAAGGCACAAAGGACAAUGCGUACGGAAAUACUACACCAAAACUGUUUUUCCGAACGCCACAAAAGUUCUUCAAAGACACGAAGGGUGAAGUUGAUCCUGCCGAUACCGCGAAAGCCGGAGGAGUGUAUAUGUUACCGAAAGGUAGUAACACUCCUGUCGCGGUACAUGCUUCUGGAACGCGCAUUCUAUUUCCUGAAAUUGAUGGCAUUAAAGGGCGUAUUCGUCAGCGAUAUCCAAUAAUGCCCGUAUAUGGCGAAGGUAAUUCCGUUUGGAAAAAAUUAAACGCUUUAGAAGACACGGUUGACUUUCAAAGCAUUAUUACCUCCAACAUCAAGUACUUCUCCACGGGUGUUUCGCAUCAUUCAACUACUACGCUACAUACCCACAUUCUUAAAAUAACCAAAGGAGAUCUGCAGGAGUUAGAAACAGGAAAGGUCAAAGAGAUUGAAGCCUACACAGAAAGAUCUAAUGGUCAUGUACAUAAAGUCAAAUUAGGCUUAAAAGAUGGCGCGCUGAUUGUGGUUGGAUGUGACAGUACAACGUCGAGGAAUGAUAUGUCUGAUAUCGUUUGCUGGGAUAAUCAUUCGAACACACUACAAACAAGUUCGGAUGAAUAAGACAAUGAUUGUCUCUAUUGCUCCCUAAAACUACUGUUUGUCAAUGAAGCACAAUAACUACACUGUAACUAUCUAUAAAAAUUGAUUUUUGCACUUCUGUAACUUGAUUAUUUCUAUUGAAGAAUAACUUUGCUACAGUAAUGUCUA